UCUCUUCAUCUUCUUGUUAUGGGACCGACAGCGACGACUUUUAACGUGGCAAAAUCACCUUUUUGCUUCAUCCUACAUGAAAGAAGGACAAGGAUGGUCUGUGUAUAUAAAGGGAAGGAGAGAGGCAAAGGAAAGAACACUCCAGUGCAAUUGCAUAUUCCACUUCCUCUGUCUCUUGCAGAUUAGUCCAAGAUGCCAAAGUUGCAGAGGUAUAGAGGAGUAAGGCAGCGCCACUGGGGCUCGUGGGUCUCAGAAAUCCGCCACCCGAUACUGAAGACGCGGAUCUGGCUGGGGACGUUCGAGACGGCGGAGGACGCGGCACGGGCGUACGACGAGGCGGCGCGGCUGAUGUGCGGCCCCAAGGCCCGCACCAACUUCCCCCCGGCGGCCGGAUCGGCGGCGGCGCUGUCGCCGAGCCUGGUGGCGAAGCUGGAGAAGUGCUGCUCCGCGGCGGGGUCGACCGCCAAGAGGACGGCGAAGGAGGAGGAUGAGGAGGAGGAGAUGGGCGAUGAGUACAUCGAGGAGAUGAUCGAGGAGCUCAUAUACGAUGGUUCCUUAGAGAUCUCGUGCUCUUCCUCUUCCUCCUUUGCUUGCUCCUCAUAUGUUUGAGGAAAUGCCAGACAGAGCUUAUAUUCACUUUUAAGCCACACAGUUGAUGUACACAUGGGAGUUUGGUGGUUGCUCUAUGCAUCUACAUGCAACUUUGAGCAUUUACUUGUCAAUAAAUCCUACAUUUUCUGCUUAA